GUCCUAACUCGUCCGCUCCACAUUGUAAAGUUGAAAUACCCGAUAUAAGUACAUGUUUUAUUCAUUCUAGUUUAGAAAUAAAAUAGUAUUCGUACCUCAAUCACGUAAGGAAAUCGCUUUUCAGUGUAAAAUGAGUGUUAAGAUAUCAGUUCCUUGUGCAGUAUUGUGUGUCCUGACAUUGUGCUAUGGUCAUGAAAAUACGACACUGCCGACAUCGACACAAUCUUUAGCGACGACGGUGACGGCGACGGCGACGACGGUCGGUGAAUCAAUGGAAUCGAAUGAUUCAGCGUCUGACGAGUGGAUCUCUAACGACAAAGAUCUUGAUCAAGAUGCUACUAUAUGGCGGUUUUGGAGACCCUUCAGAAAAUUAGGUGAAUCAAUUUUAAAUAAAAAGUUUGCACGUUCCCCUACCAUGAAGGAGAGUGGACAUCGUGGACUAGGUUUUCAUCACGACAACCCAAACCGCAAGUUAAAAAAUAAAAUAAAAUUUCUUUUUAAAAUAAAACAGUUUGAAAUGUGA